UUCCUUCCUCUGUCUUUCUCCCCUCUCCUCAGCUGUACUUUCAACUCUUAGUUAGCUGGUCUUGCAGCAAGCAGCAGCCUAGGAGACAGAAAGCAGGAUCUGAAGUAGCAUGAUAGCUCAAGGCGUCUCCAGGCUCAUGCAACCCUUGCUGGGUGCACUGACUGUGAGCAAAAUGCGCUUUAUGGCUCUCUGUAGGGUGGCUGAGCAACGUCACACACCAGCUGCACACAGGUCAGAAAGAGGCUUUAGCUCCACACUCAAGCUCCAGGAUGCUUCUGGGGAAUCGAGCUCUGCAGAGCAGGUGACGCUGCACUUCAUAAACCGGGACGGAGAGCGGCUCACAGCCACAGCCAAGGAAGGGGAGAGCCUGCUGGAAGUGGUAGUCAAUCAAAACCUGGCCAUCGACGGCUUCGGUGCAUGUGAAGGGACAUUAGCCUGCUCCACCUGUCACCUCAUCUUUGAGAAGGAUGCCUUCCAAAAGCUGGGUGCUAUCUCAGAUGAGGAGCUGGACAUGCUGGACUUGGCCUAUGGGCUCACUGAGACCUCCCGGCUUGGCUGCCAGGUGUGUGUUAAGAAGUGGAUGGAUGGCCUGACAGUGAGGGUGCCCAUGGACAUAUCAGACAUCAGGAGCGAGCUGGAGGUUGGAAAGCAAAGCAAACAGUAGCUGGCAACGACUCCUGCACAACUCUCAUCCUCAUUUCAGGUGUGGCAGAGUACUUUUGGUUAACGAUACUGCUUUUUGUGGCUGGCUUGCAGUAGACCUCGAGGUCUGAUUCAGUGUAAAUGCCUGUUCAGCAAAUCUCUUAUUUAAACAAAGCUUCAUUCUAGGGUCUUUGGUACAAAUCUUAAGUGCUUAAGUGCUCUGCUGAACUCCACUGGCCUAAAGCGAGUGGCUUUACAUUUCCCUGGGCGGGUGGCAGCAAACAUCUGUGCUGUGUGACUCACCCUCUCCUUUGAAAUGUAAGGAAUUCUGCUGUUCUAAGUAACUUCUGGGAAUUUUGCAAGGCUUGGCUCUCUAAAACUCCAGAGCAGAUUUUUCCUAGUUUGGGAAGCUUUAAGCAAGAGACAGCUGUUCCAACUAGGAGUCAGCAUGCUGACUGGCUCGGUGCUACAGGCUGAGUUUGGUUAGUGAGAGCACACUGACAGCUGCUGGAAUGCUGACAUUUCCUGAAGGAGGGAGCCACAGCCAGUGAAGCUCAGGUGUCACUGAAUUGUUACGUGCCACGAUCUGAUCCUUUCUCCAGAUAGUAAAUUUUCCACUUGCUGUGCUACCACAUAUGUCAAAUAAAAUUCUAAUCAUCAGGAUUUUAGAGCCAUGAGAUGCACUUUUCUGGUAACGUGAGCCUGGUUGGAACACAGUGAGUUUGAUGGAAAUUCCAGUGUAAUAUCCUCUUGCCCCAGUCUACUCGACUGGAUUUUUCCUUUCUCUUCCAGUGGAUAUGUCAAAGCUGCCACAUAAAUGUCACAGAGAACCCAUGAUCCCUAACUCAGUUUUCCACACAGAAUUCCACACCAAACUCUUUCCUAUGCAUUUAUUAAAACCCAGGCUAUGUUUAGCAACUCAUUAAAACAUAUGUGUUUAAAA